AGAGGUCCAGCUCGCCGCUGUCCAAGAAGCGACGUGUGGCUGUAUCGGGAACAGAUUCAAGUACGAGUUCAAGUAGCUCUUCUACAGUUUAUGUGAGCACAGUAGCGGAAUUGUCAGCCAACGGCAUGGCUCGAAACAGCAGUGAAGCAGAGAUCGAUGAGGGUCUCUAUUCCCGUCAGCUCUAUGUCUUGGGCCAUGAAGCGAUGAAGCGAAUGCAGAACUCCAAUGUUCUCAUCUCAGGUUUGGGUGGCCUUGGUGUUGAGAUAGCCAAGAACAUUAUCCUAGGAGGUGUGAAGUCAGUCACCAUACAUGACCAAGUAAAUGCCGAAUGGAGGGACAUUUCCUCUCAGUUCUAUCUCCGAGAGGGAGACAUCGGUAAAAACAGAGCAGAGGUUUGUCUUCCAAGUCUGGUUGAGCUGAACCGUUAUGUGUCUGUAUCCGCUUCCAUCAAGCCCUUGACUGAGGACUUCCUCUCUAGCUUUCAGUUGGUGAUCCUCACAGACUCCACUUUGGAGGAGCAGCUACGAGUGUGGGUGACUUUUGCCACAGUCACAACAUCAAGUUCAUUGUGGCCAACACCCGGGGCCUCUUUGGGCAGCUGUUUUGUGACUUUGGAAAGGAAUUUAUUGUGCUGGAUCCCAAUGGAGAGCAACCACUGAGUGCUAUGAUUUCAAUGAUAACAAAGGAUAACCCCGGUGUUGUCACCUGCCUAGAUGAGGCUCGUCAUGGCUUUGAAAGUGGUGACUCUGUUACUUUCACAGAAAUACAAGGCAUGACAGAGUUGAACAGCUUGCUGCAAGCCUGUGGAGAUCAAAGUGCUAGGACCUUACACAUUCAGCAUCUGCGAUACAACCAGUUUCUCAGACUAUGUCCGCGGUGGAAUUGUCAGCCAAGUCAAAAUGCCAAAAAAGAUUGGCUUUAAACCCAUGCGGGAGUCCAUCCAGGAUCCUGAGUUUCUGAUCACAGACUUUGCCAAGUUUGACCGCCCAUCCCAAUUGCACCUAGGCUUCCAGGCCCUUCAUGCCUUCCAGAAAAAGCAUGGCCGGCUUCCAAAGCCUCGUAAUGAGGCCGAUGCAAUUGAAGUCUUGGCUAUUACCAAAGACAUUAAUCAGCACUUAAAUGGAUCUGCAAAGCAGGAAGAGCUGAAAGAGGAUCUGCUCAAAAAAUUAUCCUUCCAGGCUCUUGGAAACUUAGCUCCCAUGAAUGCUUUUAUUGGGGGACUUGCUGCACAGGAGGCAAUGAAGGCACUUUCAGGGAAGUUCAUGCCGGUUAUGCAGUGGUUGUACUUUGAUGCCUUAGAGUGUUUGCCAGAGGAAAAGGAGGAUGCCAUACUGACUGAGGAAAACUGCAGCCCUAAAAACUGUCGCUACGAUGGACAGAUAGCUGUGUUUGGGUCUGGGCUGCAAGAGAAGCUUGGAAAACAGAGAUAUUUCUUGGUUGGUGCUGGUGCCAUUGGUUGUGAGCUGCUGAAAAACUUUGCGAUGAUUGGUUUGGGGACUAAAGAAGGUGGAGAGAUCACAGUCACUGAUAUGGACACCAUCGAAAAGUCUAACCUGAACAGACAGUUCCUCUUCAGAACGUGGGAUGUUACGAAAAUGAAAUCUGAAACUGCCGCACAGGCCGUCAAACAGAUGAACCCUGACUUGCAUGUCACUGCACACCAGAAUCGAGUGGGACCAGACACUGAGAAAGUUUAUGAUGAUGAUUUCUUUGAAUCACUAGAUGGCGUAGCUAAUGCACUUGAUAAUGUAGAUGCCAGGAUGUAUAUGGACCGUCGCUGUGUCUAUUACCGAAAACCACUUCUGGAAUCUGGAACGUUAGGAACAAAAGGGAACGUCCAAGUUGUCAUACCUUUCAUCACCGAGUCCUACAGCUCAAGCCAGGAUCCACCAGAGAAGUCUAUACCCAUCUGUACCCUGAAGAACUUCCCAAAUGCCAUUGAACAUACAUUACAGUGGGCUCGGGAUGAGUUUGAGGGUCUCUUCAAGCAACCAGGAGACAAUGUUAAUCAAUAUUUAACAGAUCCAAAGUUCAUGGAAAGGACUUUGAAGCUGCCAGGCUCUCAACCCCUCGAGGUGAUCGAAGCUGUUUAUAAGAGCCUAGUUACAGACCGGCCUAAGACCUGGACAGACUGCGUGUCCUGGGCUUUUCAUCAUUGGCACACUCAGUACUCCAAUAAUAUCCGUCAGCUGCUGCACAAUUUCCCUCCGGACCAGGUAUGUGGCGCCUUUUAA